AUAAACGGAGUUAGGCGACCACUCUGCCUGCGCACGCAAAAUAGAAGCGAGCAAUAUUCGAGGAAGUUACGGAAUUUCUGCCCGACCGACCGUACCGUGCGCGUGCACGCCCUCAGACGAAAUGGAAACCGCGGGGAAUGCAAGUUCCACCGUGGAACUAUACAUUUAUGAUCUCUCGAGGGGCAUGGCUGCUACGAUGUCCAGAAGUGUUAUUGGUCGACACAUAGAGGGAAUAUGGCAUACAGCUAUUGUGGCAUUUGGAAGGGAAUACUACUUUGGCCCAGCUGGGAUCCAGACCUCCAGGCCUGGUGGAACGGUGCUAGGGAAGCCGGACAAGGUGGAGAAGCUCGGCGACACUUACCUGUCGUACUCUCUGUUCUUCGAGUACAUCAACGGAUUGGGAACGUUUAAGUUCGCUCCAGGAACGUACAAUCUUCUGAAGCACAACUGCAACUGCUUCUCGGAGGAAGUCAGUAUCUUCUUGUCGGGCAAGGGUAUCCCAAAGUACAUCCUCGAUUUACCAGAAGAAAUAUUUCAGACGCCGAUUGGACAAGAGUUAAAGCCGCUGAUAGAGACUUUAUUCAACAGUCCAGGUAGAGCAGUGCUGUUCACAGUUGGUCAAAUAUUCCUCGAUUCAGGGAACCAGAGGGAAGUCUCGCCGGAAUACGAGCUUUUAAAUGAGGCCAUCGAAGAAGCACGAUUAAAUUCAAUUGCGUUGGAAGAGAGAAGAAACGAGCUGAACGAAAAGCUAGCCAAAGAGGAUAGGAAGAAGAAGAAAAAGAAGAAGAAGGAGAAGAAACAGAAAGGUAGCAAAGAGAGCACUAGUGAUACGAAUAGUACUGGUCCCAGCAAUUGCACAGAGAUGGCGGAAAGUGAAGCUGCCCCACAGUUGACCGAAGCACAGUUGCUGAGUCUCGACGAGAACACAGAAUCAUUACCAGCAGAACCACCCAUAGUUUUCAAAGACCUGGUGGACCUGAAAGCGGAAUACGAGGCGUUAUCUAAUUUAUUGCAAGGGAAAUUGAACGAGGAUGAGAAAGUCUGCCUGGAGGAACUUCAACAGUAUGUUUUGGAAAACGAGGGUUCCUGGGCGCUUGGAGAUACUUUCUUGAAUUUCGUUGGACGAAUUUUGGAGGAUCAGUCGGUACCAAGCGAUGCAAGAGUGAAAUUGUUCAAUAUACUUUCGGUUGCUGCGCUAAAGGACGACGUAAUUCUUUUGCUGCACCAGGACAGGAGAGAACACAUCAUUAUGAAUUAUGCCUACGAUUUCGAUCGUCAUCCUCAGGAAGAACAACUUGCUCUUACACAAUUUAUGACGAAUUUGUUUGAAAAUCUCAGUAGUUCAGAAUGGCUGCUGUACAUAUCGUUAUGGCAACACGAGAAUCAGAGCAUCAGUAACAUCAGGGUGACUACCAAAGUGGCAAUACACGCGCUACUCUCCAGUUCAACAGACCUGCAGACCCGUGGGGCAGCUCUUAUUCACAAUUUGGCCUGCAAGGAGAAAAUGCACAAAAUCAAAAAUCUACGGCGACUUUUACCGAAAGGCAGCAUUUCUAAGGUGUUUGACGAUGUCGCCGCGGAGCUGACGAUGGCGCUGUGCCAGUACUUCAAUGGUAACCCGGAAGAGGAGCAGCUAUACGUUUGUAUGAAGUCGUUGGCACGACUCACGCAGGUCAGCACCCACUACGUGCCGAUGAUCAUAAAAAUGGUCGGUCUGAAGCCGAGCAAGUUCCAAGGAACGUCCGAGAGGGUCGACGAACAGAUCGAGCAGGUCAACAAGAAGCUGACGUAAAGAAGCUCGACGAGACAAUAUGGCGGCACACAACAAUCCCUACCCGUUAUUGUGUUAUAAUUGAAUUUUUACAUAGAGAUUUUAUCGAAAUAAAUCGCAUAUAAUGUAUUAUUA